AUGUCCCACGGCACAUCUCUCUCAUUGCGCCAGGGUAAUUUUAUUCGGGCCCCCAACGGGACGAAGGACCAGGCUCUGGUCGAUGAUACAUCCUCCCGAAGACAGAAACAACAGGCGAACGUUUACGAUACCAACGCUCCAAUUCGCUACGAAGGAAACGACUUGUACUUCGCACAUGAGGCUCUUACAUCCGGCGGUCCUCUCCCCAGUUCCGAUCUUCUGGAAGUAAUCCACGCCUACUCGACUGGUUUCUACGAUGAUGCGACAUGGGAAUAG